AAUGCGUGACUCGUGGGAUAGAAGAACGAUGUCGAUGACCAAGUGGAAAAAUUGAACACUUUCCCAUCGGAGUAACGCACCAAAAUUUACCUAGAUCUCCUCCUGAUAUGUUGAAGGAAAUCGUUGGACUUAUACCAGCCGUACAGAGAGGAAAAGCGAGACGGGGAUAUAGGGCGAAGUUGGUUCGAACUUGUCUGGUGAUCGUCCCAGCAGCUUGAUCUUGCCGAAAAACACAUUUUCUGUUCGCCAUGCCGAUCGAGAACGUAGAAGCCUUCAAAACCUGGCUGGCAAACACGCUUUCUCCGAUUUGUGAUGCAGACCCCCAGGCCCUGGCCAAGUAUGUGGUGGCACUUGUGAAGAAGGACAAGCCUCAGGAGGAGCUCAAGGCCCUGUGCAAGGAUCAGCUGGAGGUCUUUCUUCAGAAAGAAACGAACACCUUUGUGGAGAGCCUGUUUGUUGCGCUGAACACAAAGACGUACCUGCCCGUCCACGUGCCGGAGCCUGCACCUGUACCUGUUACUGUACCUGUUCCUACCCCUGAACCUGAGGAGAAGAAACCAGAGCCUAUUAUCACACACAGAAAGUCUGAAGAUGUUCCAGAUGACGAUGAACGUGAUUUCCGCCGGGUAAGAAAACGCAGUCGUAGCCGCAGUCCACACGACAGAAGUCGCGGGAGAUCAGGGUCGGCAGAAAGGGACAGAAAACGUUAUGGAGAUGAUGACCGACCAAGACGAAGGGACGACUACAGACCGCGAGGCAGAGAGCGGGACUACAGACGUGACUACGGCAGGGAGAGAAGAAACUACACCUCUCCUGACAGAAGACCACACAAGGACAACCCCAGCUCUGCCCCCGGGGAGCCGCCCGCCAGUGACUCACCCGACGGAGCGAAGGCCCCACCCCCCACGUACACUACCCCCUCCCUCAGCAGUACCAUAACCGUGGUGUCCAACGACCAGCCCUGGAUGUCCCAGGGGGGGCGCGGGAACUUCCGCGGGAACGACAGAGGUCGCGGGGGUUUCCGUGGAGGUCGAGGGAGAGGGGGCCCUCCCCGACCACAGAGGUGCAGGGACUAUGAUGAAAAAGGGUUCUGCAUGCGAGGAGAGUUGUGUCCGUUCGACCAUGGCCCAGACCCUGUGGUGGUAGAAGACAGCAGUCUGCCUGGUAUGCUGGCCUUCCCGCCAGCCAGUAACGGUCAGCAGCAGGGGAUGCCACCUAUAGGGCCUCCAAGGCCCCCUAUGUCUCAGGCUCCCCCGUUUAGUGGAGGAGGGCCACCACCACCACAGCAAGGACCCCCCAAUAUGGGCCCAAGACCUCCAAUGGGUCCGAGGGGGCCACGGCCACCCAGACCCCCCAUGUCACAACCCCCUCCAGCUACUGGAGAGGGGGGACCCAGACCUCCACCCCCUGGACCAGGUGGACUGGCUCCCCCAAGGCCUCCUCCUGGCCCCCCUCCAACUAGAAGAACACCCCCUCCCCCAGGGACAGCAGCACAGCGCCCCCCUGUACCCCGGGGUGGACCUCCCCCUCCUCCAAGAUAUGCACAAGACAUGAUCAGAAUGCCAAUCAUGCCAACAAAACACAUCAGAAUGCCACCUCCAGCCCCACCUCCAAAAAACAUCAGAAUGCCACCUCCACCCCUGCCACCAAAAAGAGAGCCGUUUGAUCCGGACGGUUACAACCCAGAGUUGCCAGGACUUGAUGCCGGUCCGGUUGCACAGAGGCCCCCUUACUGGUCAGGUGGGAACAACAGGAACGUUAACCCCACCCAGACCCGAGCACUGGUGUCUGUACCCAUGGUCUCUACCAUCACAACACCCAAAGUUGAACCCCAGGUGUCAGACACCCCGUCCGGCCACACCCGUGUGGUGAUUGACAGCGGAGAGAACCGUAAGAGAACGUUUCACCAGGCCAUGGGGCCAGGCAGCGGGCCGGGGAUGCCUUAUGCGGGACCGCCGGUAAAACAAGGUGGCCAUGUGAGGGACAGACUUGGAUGGAAGCACACCAACUGCACCUUGGAGAUUAAGAAGGUCCCACGGGACAUGAACACUGUCUCCAAGCUCUCCGGCUACUUCGAGAGGUUCGGAACGGUCUCAAAUGUACAGGUGUGUUUUGACGGUGACCCUGAGAGCGCCCUGGUGACCUUCUCCAGUAAUGCAGAGGCGCGAGCGGCCCACCAGUGCACCGACGCUGUACUGAACAACAGGUUCAUCCGGGUCUUCUGGCACAACAAGGACCAGGCGCAGCACCACCAGGGACAGUCCACACCUGGUGAGGCACCCCACCACAACCCUGGUCCACACAGGUUGUCUGUCCGGGACCGUCUGUACAUAAACCCCGAGCAUGCCAAAGCUACGGGAAAUUCAGGGCCAAUGUCGGAAAAGGUCCAUGCGUCCUCGUCGGGCCUGUCUAAGACGGUGUACAACCCAGAAGCCAUGAAGAAAGUGAACACACCACAGGCAGCUAAACAGCCGUCAGCAUCACAGAUAGCAGCACAGAAGGUCGCCGAGGCACAGGAAGCACUCAGGAAAAAACAGGAGGAGAAGAAAAAGGAGGCGCUGAAGUUAAAGAUGAAUCUACAGACAAAGAAACAGGAGCUGCUACAAAAGCAAAUCCAGCAACAAAAGAUGUUGAUAGAAAGAUUAGAGAAGAACAAAGGUAUGGCAGCUACGGAGAGGGAUGCUAUCAUGAAGACAUUAAAGACUGUACAGGAGAGUAUAACCAAGUUAAAAACAGACAAUCCACCCAAAGCAGCAACAACGGCCAAGCCAAAAACCAGACAAGAGGACUCCCGGCCGCUGCACAUGUUGCAGGCUCAGAGAGAGCUGCUGGACGCUGAGAUGGACCUUCUCAACGCCAAGACGGCCGGAGAGGACACCACGGCGCUCAAGAAGAGACUAGCAGAACUACAGCAAGAGGCACAGUCCCUGGGUCUACUGAACGCUGGUCGAGGCAGGGGUAGGGGGCGAGGGAGGGGAAGAGGGGGCGUUGUGAGGGGUAGGGGCAGGGGGAGGCCGUACCUGCGGACACGAGCGGGGGCGGUACUGGACAGGAGACCCAAACAACUGGCUAUCACAGGGUACCAGAUAGGAGACAAGGAUGAGAUUCUCACUCAUCUCUCGCAAUUUGGUGAAGUGGAGAAGGUGGAGUAUGAUGAGACAGGUUUGACUUUGCUGCUGGAGUUCAAGACUAGGUUGGAGGCUGAAAUUGCUGCCACCAAAGGGAGCAUUUUCAAGGGCACGACCUUGACCAUCACGUGGAACCUUCCAACCAGGACAGUGACCUUAGACCAUGAUGACGAAGGCGAGGUCGACCUGAAUGACGAUGAAGAGGAUGCUCUCCUAGCUCCACUACCGGAUGAUGACGAAGAUGAUGAGGACGAAUCAGAGUCCAGAUCCUGGAGACGGUGAUGCCAACGGCACCUGGUCCAAAUCUUCCAAACACUACUGUUACAUUUUAAGUGCUUCUCACAAGAGGAAUAGCCUGGGUACCAUCCGGAAAAUAGUUCUCUCUGACGUUCAUUAUAUACUCUAUACAGUCGCUUCUAGCUCUGACAUUCAUUAUGCACCACAUACAGUCGCUUCUCUGUGUUUCCGUCUGGGAACGUGGACCAUCUUAACGUCUGGAAUCGUCUGGAAGUUUGGACGCAGGUGCUGAUUGGUCCCCACAUUUGAGCGAAUUGUGGAAUUGGUUCAAGCGAUCGUUCGAACAGGCGUUCCAACACCGGUCAAGACCUCCGUCUGCUUGUGCGCGGGCCUGUUGUCAUCGAACGAGCGCUCUAGAACCUAUUCCUUGAUUCGCUCGUUAACUGGCAUCACCACCAAAUGGUUUGAAUGUGCAUGUCUCCAGACAGAUAGCAAAAGCAAACAAAGGAGUGAACUACUUCCCGGAUGGUACCCAGGCUACGAGAGGAAAGCAUCGUCUUAUAUUUCUAGCUUAAAGCAAAUUUGCUACACAUCGUCAUUGAUGUAUGUGGCCAUGUUUCUUCUUUUUGUUCGGGAGUUUUUGCAAAAGAAGUGUAUUUAUGGCUAUGUCAUAUCACGCAUGUCAAAUGUAACAUACAAAGCAGAAGCACUCACUGCCUCUUGUACAAAUACACUUGACUACUUGUAUGUAUACUAUUUUCAUGUUAAUGGUUACUAGUAGCAAAAAAAUUAGGUUGAAAUUUGUUAAGAAAUUUGUGUAAUACUAUGUUUUGUUCUAGUUUGGUGCUGAUGAAAAUCAGAGUGUAAUUCUACCAUGUAUGUUUGAGAUUGUUUGAGUUUGUGUUCCAUUGAAAAUCUCAAGAAGGGGCAAUCAGAAAUUCAUUUAUGAUGACUACAUGUACAUGGCUAGGUCAAGAAUGAAUAGGAAUAUGUCGAUGGAAAUCAAAUAAUGCAUGUAGAUGGAGCAAAAAUGUUGCUAGCUGCCCUAUUCUUGAGGUUUUAAAUGGAACGUUCUGUAAAUUGUAAAUGAACCCUCAAUUUCUAUGUUUGCAAACCAAACGAAGCUGCAUCAGUCUUUUCCAUUGUCAUGUUUUUUCUACAUUGUAGAAACUUUGACAAAAAAUUGAGACAGGUAUUGUGUUGCUACAAUAUAUUUUUGCAAAUGAUAAUUGUAGCUGUUGGAAUUCAGGCUUCGAAAUUAUUGAGGUUGUUCGUGGGACAAGUUAGUUUCAAAAAUCGUUUGCUGCAAUCCAACUUCUGUGCUAACAUUCUCAUUGUUGAUUUUUUCGUGUCCCAAGUUCUCUGACUCCUAAAGUUGAUGUGGCUAUUAUAUUACAGUUAAAAUGUACAAAGUUAAGGAAAAAUGUUUGUACUGAAUUGUGGUAAUACAAUUAUAAUGUUUUUGUAGAUGAACACUAAGUAUCGUUUGGUGUAGCAUGUUAAUGUGACAAAGUGCAAGUGAAAAUUUGUCAUUCUGUAGAUAUUUUGUUAAAAGUAGGGAAGUCUGUUGUUUUUUGUUUGAUAAUUGAAGUCAGGCAUGUAUACAAGGCAAGUUACAAGUGUCUAGUGUUGACAACAUCAAUGUAAACUUUCUGUACAUUUAUAAAGAUGUAUUGAAGAUCAUUAAACUGUGGGUGAGAUGGAAAAAGAAGAAAAAAGAAAGUCGGCCACAUUUUAAAAGGUUUGAAAACAAAAACUUGUUAAAAAAAAAAGAGAAUUUGGGCUAAAAAAAA